AAUUUCCCCAACUUCUUCAACCCCUCAAUGACCGGUGGUUGUCUGCUUGAGGAAGCGGAUCAUAGCGCAGCUUUCGGCUGGGGCGACGUCGAUACGCCUGAUAUCGUUGCGCGAGAGAGGAGUACGAGCAACAUUGGAGAACAGGCCAGUGCCGCAACUUCUACCGACGCGACUCAUAGGCACCACGUGGGUGCGUCUAGAAGGGAGGGAGUUGAUGAUGCAACUGCUACGACGUCCGAUCAUCCAAGUGCCGAUACGUUGGUAGAGGGGUUUGCCCCUGACGACAAUAGAUUGCGAACUGCAGAAACAGACGUCCUGUUCGCCGAUCAGCAAAACCAGCACUCCCGAUUUUACAAGCGCAUUCCGGAGGCGCUCGGGGUACGAUUGAACUUGCUCAAAGGGUUGCGCAUUAACCAACACCUUCGACUGAAUUUCGAUCCUCAGCCCGUGUCGUUCGAUACGGCUACGCCACGCCUCACGAUAGCAAACGGCAGCGAAGUGCCAGAUAGCGCAAGUGGUAUGCCCACGAGCGCACAGCGGCAACGUCGGAAUUACGACCACAACAUCUAUCGCGCUGUCAUUAGUAUGGCCUACCAUGUUGGCGUGAAGAAGCACCACGCAAAUCCGAGCCAAGGUAGCUCGCCGCGGGCUUCCACGCAGGAAAUUGUACACAUGCUGCAGAAGCAUGCGGCUGCUGCGCAGCGGCGCCGGCGUGUUUUAGGACGUGGAUACGAUGUGGGAGAUCGACAUGCAGCGCCAGCUCCCAUGAAAGACGACCGGGUACCGCGCAUUGUUGCUGGCUUGUCGCGCAAUGAGUUUGCGACGAGAACUACACGAGGAGGCCAAAGCGGGAACUCUUUGCCAGGUUACAGUCCCUCGGGCAGCACACCAAUCGGCACUGACCCAGCGUUGAAUCCCGG